UUGUCCUACGAUUACAUAAUUACAAAUUUUAUGGGAAAAUUCUCUCCGCGUAGCUUUAUGAAAUCUUUCUUGAAGUAUAUAUUGAUCGAGCGCGUUGUAACAAAAAAUUAUUCACUACAAUACGUUUAAAAUAAUUAUCAACUUCCAGUGAUUGCGUGCUGUUAUCUUAUAUUUUCGCGAAAACAUGAAUGCAUUCUCGAAAUCAACAGCCUCUCAUUCGGUAACGAUCUGUUUUCUCCGUAAAUGGCAAAGUAAUUUCGUAGUCUCGCAAAAAGAUUUGAUUCCUUUCUCUUUUUUAUCCCAUGAAUUUCGAUAUCACGGAGAUUGGCACCUCGGCGCGAUCGUGGCGUAAAAAAUGGGCGUUUAUCAAAGUGAAAUGUCAGUAAUCCCGACAGAUCUGUACAUAAAGAAAUACCACGAUAAUAUGUGAUAUCGUCAUGCUUCGAUAGUCGCGCAUACCUGCUAUUAUUCGAGUGUCGAAAAUAACUGCUAUCAUCAAUCAGCAUCAUCCGUAAUAUCCUCUCAAAACUACAGCGCCGAGUUCGCAAGUAUAAUCGGCACAGUGAUAUAGUAACAUGUGACCGAUAAGAAAUCUGGUUUACUUCGCAAGUUGAAACCACAAGUGUUUUCCACUUUUGAAUAUAGCUUUUAUCACUUGGAAUAUUAUGUAAAAAAUAUAAAAUACAAAUUUAAAAUAAAAAGCAACGCUGAAAGGCGAUCAGUAAUUAGCGCGAAAACGAUCGUAACUCUACACUUUCGCACUCGGAUUGAUUAGAUAAUAAUAUUACCUAAAUAAUUGUAAAACUAUCGAAAUCGAAACUAAAAGCUGAAUUCUUAAACAGAGAGAGCUGCAAUCUUAAAGUGUAAUAACUGGUCAUUUUAAUAAUUUUGUGCCGAGCGUAAAGUAUAUUAUCAUAAACAUAUAAUUAUAUUUUGCUUCGUGUCGUCAUAUUAUAAACUGUCGACAUCUUUCAGAGAAGGAAAAAAUGUAAUUCUAACGAAAUCAAUAUCUAAUUAUAUGAUAAUAUAUUUUUAUUCAUAUCAUUUACAUUUAAUUUGCGCAAUCAAUGAUUCUUUACGAUAAAACAGCGCCGAACACGAGUAACAUCACGUUAUUUCCCUUUUUAACCUUUCUAAUCUCUACUUUAAAAACCACAGAGAGCACAGAAAAUAUAAUAAGAAGCUAGAUUAUUUAGUUUAGAAAGAGAAAUAGCAGUAGAAAACGAUUACUUAUUCUGUUAAGAAACAAACGAAAUCACCGAUAAUAAUCACGGCAAUUACAUUAGUGUGCGUAAGGUCAUGUAGGCUUACUACUUUUAGGUUUACUUUAAUAAUGUAGACAACAAACUAUUUAUAAGCUCUUGAUUAUAGUCGCCAGUUAUUGAUAACGCAAUCGCCUUGCGCAAAACUCUUUUUCCCGGACGGGCGUCACAUCUCGCAGAGUGGAAUUCACUGGCCUAAAGGAAUCCACGCGGAAGAGGCUGGUCUAAAGGAAUCCAACGCGCUGAGCGCAAAUGAUCGCGAGUGACUGUGUCGCGUGCAAGGGCAGCCGUGAAUUUCGUUAAGUACUACAAAGUCUCUACUUGGAGGAAUCGUCCAAUCUCCUAGAUUCAAGUUGGAGAACGGAAAACCAGUCGUUCUCCUCGGCUCGCCGGAGGCAUUAAGCAGUGGAAGUUCGCGCAGCCGCUCUCCCACAUUUCGCGAUCGAGACCGAUGUGCCGGCAGAUUUGUCGAUUACCAAUACACAAGCCAUCCGCUUGACAUUCGUUUGGGAUAUUCUGUUGUGAUCGAGUGUUGUUCAUCGUGCGCUGCACAAUUACGACCGAAAGCAAGCAUAAUCGUAUGCAACACCCAACGCGAGGACAAUCAGCGAUUUAAAUAGCCGCGACACCCGACAAGAUACCCAGUUAAAUUUUCCGUCCGCGAUCCAAGGCGAGAUGGCGAGCGUGGACAAGGAUCUAGAGGAGCUCAUGUCCCACCUGGGUGAAUUCGGCAAAUACCAGUUCCGACAGUACUGCCUUCACUUGCUCGCCGCUCUUACGGCUGGUGUGCACAUGCUGACUCUAUUGACAGUCGCGGCGGUGCCGGCGCAUCACUGCGACAUCCCGACAACGAAUGUGUCGUCCGUCCUGACCAAGGAGCUGUUCGGUCACAACUGGGACAAUGCCUCGGACGUGCUGGAACAUCUCCCACGUCGUCUCGACAGCUGUCACUACCUGGAUCGCGAAAACAUCAGCCGGGAAUGCGACUCGUGGACCUACGACACAACGUACUUCCAAUCCUCGCGCGGCAUGGAGUGGAACUUUGUUUGCUCGCGACGUUGGAUGGGCGCCGCGGCGCAAUCCUCUUACAUGUUCGGCGUAUUCGUGGGCGCGGUUACCCUCGGUAGCAUGGCGGACAAGUACGGCAGAAAAAUUAUAUUCUACGUGUCCGCAGUGGCACAGCUGGUGCUCGGAGUACUGGUCGCCCUGGUGGACAACUAUUACGUCUUUCUGGCGAUCCGUUUCUUGUACGGGAUCUUUGGCUCCGCCGGCGCGUACAUCACCGGAUUCGUGCUGACGAUGGAGCUGGUGGGUCCGUCCAAGCGGACGGCGUGCGGCGUGCUGUUCCAAUUGGCCUUCGCCACGGGUUUCAUGCUGGUGGCUGUGUGGGGCGCCGUGCUCAAGGAUCGUAUGUGGCUGCAGAUUGUGUACGGUAUGCACAGCGCGAUCUUACUCGGCCACUGGUGGCUGAUGGACGAGUCACCCAGGUGGCUGUGGGCGCACGGUCGCGCCGCCGAGGCGAUCGUCAUCGUGCAGAGGGGUUUAAAGGUGAACGGCAGCAACGUCCAAGUUGACGCCGCCAAGCUGAUCAGCAGAGCGAAGGUGCAGCAGGAGACCAAGGAGGACAAGUCACACGGCGCGCUGGAUCUCUUCAGGACGCCGAAUCUACGCAAGAAAAGUCUAAAUAUAUGCCUCAACUGGUUCGCCAACUCGAUCGCUUAUUACGGAUUGGCGCUCAAUAUGGGCAAUCUUGUCGGCAAUCCGUUUAUCAUGCUGUUCCUCAGUGGUGUGCUGGAAAUACCCGCGUACAUCUUGAUAAUAUUCACCAUGGAUCGUACCGGCAGGAGAUGUCUGAUCAGCACGUUCCUGAUAAUAGGCGGCAUGUGCUGCAUCUGCGCCGCCGUUAUUACCGGCACCACCGGCAACCUGGUGGCCGUCGCCACGGUCACGAUAGUGCUCAUAGGCAAGGGCUGUAUCUCCGGCUCGUUUGCCGUCGUAUACAACUACACGGCCGAACUGUUCCCCACCGUGGUAAGGAACACGGCGCUCGGUAUCGGCUCCAUGUGCGCGCGUCUCAGCGGCGCUCUCACGCCUAUGAUCUUCCUGCUGGACUCGCUGGACCCGCGAGUGCCGGCCGCACUCUUCGGCUUCGUCGCCCUGGUGGCGGGCUUCCUGGCGCUCUACCUGCCGGAGACGGUGAACCAACCGAUGCCGGAGUCUAUCGAGGACGGUGAAAACUUCGGCAAGGGCGACACUUGCUUCACCACCUGCUUAGGCGGCGGCGCGAAAGCUGCCGCGAACGAUCGUGAUGUCUCAAUGGACAAGAUACACGAGAAGGACGAGAAGGAGAAAUUGAAUGAUAUAUAAAUCGGAUUUUGUCCUAGGAAAUUCGCUAAGUGCCUUCAAUUAGUACUUACAGCUACAAUACCCCAAGAUGAAAAUGGACAUGUCUUGGUCUCGACAUCGUGAGACGGUCGUGCUGUAUAGAUUCGCCGGUAUAUCAGAGAUAUUUGUUCAAGAAUACUUAUAUUUAGAAGCCAGCCUAGCUAAAUAAUACGUGCAACUAAUCGUUGAAAAAAAGAAGAUAUUUAGAAAUAAUUUAUAUAUUAAAACAAAGGAAGAAAGAGAGUCGUUUCUUAGAAUUGCGUAUACCGUAUACAAGGAAGAAAUUUUAUACAAUAUUACAUUUAAUUCUCUAUUCGUUGGGAAAAGAUAAAAAU